AUGAAGACCUCUAUUCCCCUUCUCACAAUUCUUUCCGCCUCCUUUGUGGCAGCGGCUCCAGCGCCUUUCGCAGGCAAUGGAGCAGCAAUCGCUGCUCGCUCCCAGGACACGGCUAUUGCCAACCUGAAGUUGGGCCGUCGCGAAGAAGAGGUUGUGCAUAAGUUUGGCGAAAAGGCCCUAAAGCUCCGCGGUGUGCUCUUGGCCGCACGGGGUAGUAUGAAGAAAAAGGCAGAGGAGAAGAAAAAGGCAGAGGAGCAAAAAGCAGCGGCCGAGCAGCAGGCCGCAGCAGGGCAAGCAAACAAUGCCACUAUGGGAGCCGGUCAACAAGCCGCUGUUGAUGAGCAAGCUGCUGCUGAACAGCAGAACAGCUGCAACAUCGGGGCUGAUCAGGCUGCCCAAGAUGCUGCUAACCAGCAAGAGGAGUUGGCUAAGGGUAUGCAAGACGAUGCUGCUGGUGGAGCUGCUCAAGCAGGAAAUGGUACAGCUGGCGUUGGCGGUAACAACGGAAAGGGAAAAGGCAAGGGCAAGGGCAAGGGCCAUCAUGGUAAGGGAAAAGGCAAGGGCAAGGACAAGGGCAAGGGCAAGGGCAAGGGCAAUGGUGCCGACGCUGAAGCUGGUGCCGGUAUGGGCGCCGGUGCUGCCGCUGAUGCACAAGCUGGAGCUGCCGAUGCUGCUAUGGGCGCCGACGCUCAAGCUGGUAAAGGCAAGGGAAUGGGUGCCGCUGCUGAUGCUGGUAUGGGCGCCGGUGCUGCCGCUGACGCUGACGCUGAAGCUGCUGAGGGUGCUGGAGCUGCCGCCAACGCUGGUAUGGGCGCUGACGCUGCCGCCGACGCUGGAGCUGCUGCUGGAGCCCAACAGCACAAGGCUUCAGGCAUGAGGCGCAACACGAAGAGGACAGUUACCUUCCGUGCUUGA